AUGUUUUAUAUUAAAAUAUUUAUUCUUAUUAAUAUAUUUAUAAUUUCAUUUAUAUUUGGAGAAGUCAAAGGUCCAAUAACAGAUGAUUUUAAAAUAUGGCUUGAUAAAAACAACUAUAAUGAAUUUGAUUUUGCCAGAGAAGAAUUUGGUAGUUAUGGAAGUUAUGGAGGAAAGAAAAGUUCAAAAGAUAAAAUAAAAAAAAUUCCAAUAAUCUUUUUCCAUGGAAAUUCUGAUGGUGCUCUUGAAAUUCCUGGUCGUUAUAGUACAGGGUUUUCAAAAACAAUAGAAUAUUUUGAAAAAUUUAAUUAUACAUCUGGAGAACUUUAUGUGACAACAUGGGGUGAUAGAAACAUAGAUAAUGCUGGUGAAAGAACACACUCUUGUUUUUAUGUAAAAUAUAUGAGAGCAUUUGUUGAAGCUGUAUUAAAAUAUACACAAAGUGAAAUGGUUAACAUUGUUUCACAUUCUAUGGGUGUUACAUUAGCUAGAAAAGUUAUUAUUGGUACAAUGGGUAUUGAUAUUCUUAAUUCUAUACAUCCAUGUAAUGUUGGAAGACCAUUACAGGAUCAAGUAAAUGUAUUUUUAGGAUUAGCUGGAGCUAAUUAUGGAAUAUGUACUUGUUCAGGUCCAGAAGCAGCAAAUGAAUCUACUUGCAAUAACUUGAAUGGUUUUUUUCCUGGAGAUAAAUGUGAAGAAUAUAUACCUAUUAAUGGUACAAUACCAUCAGAUGUUACAUCAUGUAAUAAUGAUCAUAAUGAAAUGAUUUGUCUUAAGCCAGCAAAAUAUGCAAAAAUUUUAUAUGAUAUGAAUAAUAGUCAAAUUAAAGCAGGAAAAAAUGUAUUCAGUUUUUGGUCAUUAGAUGAUGAAUUGUUAGGUUCAUGUAAUCGUGUAUGGGGAAGACCAACUUCUUUUAUUCCAAAUUCUUCUGGAGUAAGAGUAUAUUCAAACUUAAUGCAUGAACAAAUUAAGGAUAAUACAAUUCCCGAUCAAUAUACCAUCAUUUCUAAUUUUGAAAAAAUAUAG